UUCCAUACGGAAGCGCAGUGUAGGUAAUUGAUUAGUUUAGUCUCAGCAGGAAGAGCAAUUGAUAGAAGAAUACGCGCUACAGGAGUUAAACGUUUGUGACGUUUGGAGCAGAAUAUCAAGAGAGCCAAUGGGGUGGCCGAUACUCGUGCACCAGGAAGUGGAUGUGGCUCCAGAGGUAAUGCAUUACGGCAGGGAUCUGCAUGGAGGGGGUACCGAGGGCCUGUGGCCAUGCUGGUGGUCGCUCUGACGGUGUGCGGGGCAACUCUGUGGCUGUACGUGACCUCGCUGGACAGUGACAUCACAGAAACACUGGUUAGCCAACGCGAGCUUGUUUCUGUCCAGCCCAGAGUCUACAACGUCCAGUGCUCUGAAGACUAUGAGAACUACAAACGUUAUCCAGGAUGCACCCCUCAGAAGUGUGGCCGUGCAGUCACGGACAGCGUGGUGAAGAGGGAGGAAGCUCAGGCUCUCAGGAGGCUGGCUGAGAGAGGGCUGGCGUUGGCUGGGUCAGAGGGAGGAGCUUCCAUACUGGACCUGCACUCUGGAGCGUUGUCGAUGGGAAAGCAGUUUGUCAACAUCUACAGGUAUUUUGGGGAUCAGAUCGGUGACGUGUUUACACAAGAGGAUUUCGAGCUUUACAGAGAUGUGCGUGGGCGAAUCCAGGCAGUUAUUGCUGAGACGUUUGGUUUGGACCCGACUCUGAUGUACCUCACCAAGCCCACCUUCUUCUCCAGAAUCAACAGCACAGGAGCCAAGACCCAACACGACGAGUACUGGCACCCACACAUAGAUAAGGUGACUUAUGGCUCUUUUGACUACACAUCACUACUCUACCUGUCUGACUACGGCUCUGACUUCACUGGGGGAAGAUUUGUCUUCAUGGACCAAAAUGGCAACCGGACAGUGGAGCCACGGACAGGAAGAGUCUCCUUCUUCUCUUCCGGCUCGGAGAACCUCCAUCGCGUGGAGAGGGUGACGUGGGGGACGCGCUACGCCAUCACCGUGUCCUUCACCUGUGACCCUGCACACGCCAUCUCUGACCCCACCCUUCCCUGAGGCACCCGCUGGUGACAGCAGUGUUCACCGGCUUGGAAAAGCCCUGCAACAAAGAGAGGGAGCAAAAGGGAGAGACAAGGAAGAAGGAGGAUUUUUAUAUGGUGGAGGUUUUGCUUGUAACAUCGGGACACUGUUGCUGCACGGUCAAUAUCUGAAAUUUUCUGUCAUUCGCAGAUGAUGACUUGCUGAUUGUGCUACGGAAAAAGAGGCACAUGCUUUUACCAUCUCGUCUGGAGAGGUUUUUUCCUAUUUGUGACAGACCUUUGUAUUUUUAUCCAGUUUUUCUACUGCAGUUUUUUUUUCUUUUUUGCACCAUUAUACUGUAAUUGCUAGUAGUAGAAGUGUUUCACAAUCUGUUCCUCUUGACCAUUGGGGUGGAUGGCUUGAGCGGCGAUUGCCUUUUGUCUGAAAUGGUGUCAAAGAGUGUAAAGAGGGAUUGUGUGUUUUCCAGAUGUGUCAGUGUGUUUUUCUUUUUUUUCUUUUUUUAAGGAGACAUAAGUCUGGUAAAUAGACCUUACUUCACAACAUCCCUGCUCAGAAUACUCAGGAGGUGUUUUCUUCUGAGAAGAACCCUCUCCUUGUUGAAGACUCUUUCCAGUAUGUUACCAUGUACGUCAGUGGUUGGUGAGGACGGUUUAAAAUGAAAUACUGGCAGAAUCAGAAGUCCAUGUCCCUUUGCUUCACGACUAGCUUUCGUUGAUCUGUUUUCACUGCAAUAUGAUCAUUAAGAGAUCAGCACACUUGAGUACUCAGAUUAAUAUUCCGUUUUCAUUAAAGCAACCAGUAUCAUUCA